ACGAAGAACGAUGAAAGGUGGGUUGGUUAGUAGCGGGAGGAGAACUCAGCCUACGUCGGAUGCUGACGUCACUUCCCACGGGAGUUUCGACAGAAUCAAACCACCCCCGAAUCCGACUAUAAAAGCGCCCCCACUCCCGCCGCUUUUACCAAGUACGGUUGCUCCUGCUCCGGCUCCGGCGACCGCGGCGGCGGCGAUGGUGCCUCCAUCUGCGGCGGCGCGGCCCAGGACGCUUCUCUGCGUGCCCGCGACGGCGCGGGCGCCGCGGGAGAUGGCGGCGGAGGUGGCGGCCGCCGCGGCGCUCGGCGCCGACGUGGCGGAGCUCCGGCUCGACCGCCUCUCCGGCUUCGCGCCCCGCCGGGACCUGCCCCUCCUCCUCGCCCAGCCGCGCCCGCUCCCCGCCCUCGUCACCUACAGGCCGAAGUGGGAAGGAGGUGAGUAUGAAGGCGAUGAAGAACCGCGAUUGGAGGCGCUUCUACUGGCAAUGGAAAUGGGGGCUGAGUAUGUCGAUGUUGAGCUUAAGGUUGCUGACAAAUUUAUGAAACUCAUUUCUGGAAAGAAACCUGAAACCUGCAAGAUCAUCGUUUCAUCCCAUAACUUUGAGAACACUCCUUCAGCAGGGGAGCUUAGAAAUUUGGUGUCUCAGAUACAAGCAACAGGAGCUGACAUAGUGAAAAUUGCAACCACUGCCACCGAAAUUGUUGAUGUGGCAAAAAUGUUUCAAGUACUUGCACAUUUCCAUGAAAAGAAGGUGCCAAUCAUUGGACUGGUGAUGAAUGAUAGAGGAUUUAUCUCUCGGGUGCUUUGCCCAAAAUUUGGCGGAUACCUUACCUGUGGCUCUCUUGAGAAAGGAAAAGAAUCUGAGCCUGCACUGCCAACAGCAACAGACCUGAUUAAUGUGUACAGCAUUAGGAAGAUUGGUCCAGACACUAAAGUGUUUGGUAUUAUUGGCAAGCCGGUUGGCCACAGUAAAAGCCCAAUCUUGCAUAAUGAAGCUUUCAGAUCUGUGGGUCUCAAUGCCGUGUAUGUGCCAUUUUUGGUGGACGACCUAGCUAGCUUUCUUAGCACAUACUCUUCACCAGAUUUUGCUGGCUUCAGUUGCACAAUUCCCCAUAAGGAAGCUGCUGUUAGGUGCUGUGAUGAAGUUGAUCCUAUUGCCAAGGACAUUGGAGCUGUCAAUACAAUAAUCAGAAAACCUAAUGGAAAACUUGUAGGCUACAAUACUGAUUAUGUUGGUGCAAUUUCUGCUAUCGAGGAUGGAAUAAGAGCUUCGCAACCAACCGAUGCUACCACUUCACCAUUGACUGGGAGGCUUUUUGUUGUUGUUGGAGCUGGUGGUGCAGGGAAAGCACUAGCUUAUGGUGCAAAAGAGAAGGGAGCACGAGUUGUAAUAGCAAACCGUACUUUUGCACGAGCUCAAGAACUUGGCAACUUAAUUGGUGCACCUGCACUGUCUUUGACGGAGUUAGAAAAUUACCAUCCCGAAGAAGGGAUGAUUCUUGCAAACACGACUGCAAUUGGAAUGCACCCAAAUGUCAAUGAAACUCCUUUAUCCAAGGAAGCACUUAAAUCUUAUGCUGUUGUCUUUGACGCGGUCUAUACACCAAAAGAGACCAGACUUCUCCGAGAGGCUGCAGAGUGUGGAGCCACAGUAGUUAGCGGUUUGGAGAUGUUCAUAAGGCAGGCAAUGGGCCAAUUUGAGCAUUUUACAGGCAUGCCAGUGGACGCUAGUAAAUUCCGAGCAUUGGCAAAUUCCUUGGUCAACCCUGAUGCAACAAAGGGAGCUGGGAUCACAACACAUAAGACUCGUUGGUGUAUCUGUCUCUGAGUUUACCGUUAUAUGUACGGGUAGCUUGUGACAUGGUUUCAACUGAAACUUUGUCAAAUAGUACUACAUUUUUGUAUUGGACCAACUAUUUGCCCCUACGGCGGUGCACAGGACAACGGCGGGCAGGAGCUGAGGGCGACCAGUUUGAUUUUUUAUUUUUAUUUUUUAAACAUUUUUAAUAAAUAAUUUUAUUACUAAACCUUAAAUGCAAAAUUUUUUACCGUAUGAUCCUUUUAGUUACGCCAGUAACACUGGUGUGGUAAGACAACGUUGCCACGCAGAAUGUUUGACGUGGCAGGUACAGCGUGCAUGCCGCGCCAACUAGCUUGCGUGCUAUCGUUGUCUUGUCACGCUAUCAACGCUGACAUAGCCAAAAGGUUCAUACGAUGAAAAUAUUUUUCUUCGAGAUUUACUAAUAAAAAUAUUUAUUAAAAAUGUAUAAAAAGUAAAAAAAAAAGUCGACAUGUCCUUGGCUCACUCCUGCAGGAGCAGUUCAGGUACCGUCCAAGAAUCCACAUACUUGAUCCAUCCGUAACGAUUCUGUACCAACUUGGUGGUGAACUGGUGAUUGGGGUGAUUUGUAUCCAUUUCAUGGACAAACUAUUGCCAAUCUAGGGUUCAGUAAUUAGUAGGUUUACUUUUGAUAAUCAUAUUGUUCGACAUGUAAAAUAUAUGAUAAUCGGUUUUAGUUUAUUUGGGGACAGAAAAUAAUUCCACUAUCUUAGAAAAACCAAAAAGUUCCUAACUAACCAAGCUCAACACACUGCACUGUUCAUGCGUGCUUCAACCCAUGUGUCAACGCUUCUCUUUCACAUCGGAUCCACUGCCACGCUGGCAUCACUCCUUAUGCCAUCUCUAGUAUCAUAUA